UGGGAAAUUCAAAAUACGUGCUUUUCUUAACGGGGAAAACGAACGAUAUUAAAAAAACGAGGAAAACGAACGCGGGAAGAUGAAUGGUUAGAAUUCAUUUCAAUUUCAGCGUUUCAAAUUUGGUAGCAUAUAUGCUAGUAGACUCUUACGUAUCCCCUUCUUUUGUAGACGCUCACUGCAUACCUUCCAGACAAACCCUAACUCAAAAAUUGACGGCCAUGGAUGUUAGACGGAGGAGCGCGAGAGUCCAGCAGCUGGAGAAAGAAGCUGCCUCUAGAAUGGGAGUUUGUCAGGAGGAGAUCGAAGGAGAAAGAGACGUGGGCGUUUACAAGAGGAGAAAAACGAACGAGGCUUCUAAAGCCAAAGCAAAGCUUCCGAAAGUCUCUCAAGCUGCUUCCUCCGGCAGCUCUUGCGAGAAGUUAGUAUCCGUCGACAGCGAGAAGCCCCCUUCUCUGAAGUUGACAGAAAAGAUUAGACUCUUCAACAAGUACUACUUGCUUGGUGUGCAGGAGGAAGAAUCAAGAGUUAAGCUGUUGGAAGCAGCAAAGAUAAGUCAUGCUGCGCGAGAUGACGUGUAUAAAAGACCUUCAAAGCGACCAGAUUUAAAAGCAGUUUCUAAGAUGAGACAGAAUAAAGAGCUACUUCAAACAACAAAAGCAAUCGGUGACAUACCAGGGAUUGAAGUUGGACAUCAAUUUUUCUCGCGAUGUGAAAUGGUUGUUAUUGGUUUCCAUACCCAUUGGCUCAAUGGCAUUGAUUACAUUGGGCAAACAAAACAAAAGGAGUUUGAAGGAUACAAAAUGCCUCUUGCAACAGCUAUUGUAUUAUCAGGCCAGUAUGAGGAUGACCAGGACAACUAUGAAGAAGUUGUCUACACGGGUCAAGGUGGGAAUGAUUUAUUGGGGAAAAAAUGUCAAAUUAAAGAUCAAGUAAUGCAAAGGGGUAACCUGGGCCUCAAGAACUGCAUGGAACAAUCUGUGCCUGUUCGAUUUGUACGUGGACAUCGAUGUCAGAGUAGUUAUGUGGGAAAGGUUUACACCUAUGAUGGUUUGUACAAGGUUGUUAAUUAUUGGGCUGAAAAAGGCAUUUCAGGAUUCACUGUCUUCAAGUUUCGCCUUAAACGUCUUGAAGGACAACCUCCAUUGACAACAAACCAGGUUCAUUUCGUUCGAGGUUGCAUUCCAAAUUCUGUCUCUGACAUACGAGGGUUAGUAUGUGAAGAUAUAUCUGGUGGCCUAGAGGACAUCCGGAUUCCAGCCACUAAUCUGGUUGAUGAUGAACCAAUUCCACCUCCAGGCUUCACUUAUAUCAAGAAGUUGAAAUGGCCAAAAGAUAUAGCAGUGCCUCCAAAUGGACCUGGUUGCAAUUGCAAGGGCUCAUGUUUUGACCCUAAAACAUGUACUUGUGCAAGACUUAACGGAUUUGAUUUUCCAUAUGUAGCCAAACAUGGUGGCAGGCUCAUAGAACCAAAAGCAGUUGUUUUUGAAUGUGGUCCAAAUUGUGGUUGUGGAUCUGGAUGUGUCAAUCGGAUCUCUCAAUUAGGAAUUAGGUUUCGGCUUGAGGUCUUUCGUACUCCCAAUAAAGGUUGGGGUGUAAGAUCAUGGGAUUAUAUACCUUCUGGUGCUCCCAUUUGUGAGUACGUUGGGAGACUGAUGAAGACUGAUCAAGUAGAUCCCUCUGCUGAUACAAAUUAUGUCUUCGACAUUGACUGCUUGCAAACAAUGAACGGCUUGGAUGGAAGAGAGAGGCGGUUGAGAGAUGUUUCAUUGCCUGACUAUUUGUCUAAAGGAGAUGAGAAGGCUUCCGAUAGUAGUGCACCAGAGUUCUGCAUUGACGGACUUUCUUGUGGCAACGUCUCGAGGUUUAUCAACCACAGUUGUCAACCCAAUCUCUUUGUGCAAUGUGUGUUAAGCAACCACCAUGACAUCAAGCUUGCACGUGUGGUGCUAAUGGCUGCUGAUAACAUUCCCCCGCUGCAGGAGCUCUCAUAUGAUUAUGGGUAUGCUGUAGAUAGCGUCUUGGGUGCCGAUGGACAGACAAAGAAGCUGGCCUGCUAUUGUGGUGCUGAAAAAUGCCGAAAGCGCCUGUACUAGGAGGAUGUCCGUAUUCUUUGGUUAUGUUGUUUUGUAAACCUAAUUAGAGCAUCUCAAUUAUUGUUUUUUGCUUCCUCUCUCGAGGACAACACAUCUUGUUAAACGUGCACUGCAAGCCUACAACCUAGGUUGCUAUUUAUUUUGUUUUGGCCUUUGUUAUUAAACUGUCCAUUCCUGUAGUUUAAUACUUGAAGACAAGAGAGGCCAUUAAAAAAGAUAUACUUGUUAUAAAGCCACCUAUCCAAAUUUCAACCUUUAAUAAGAAAAGGGUAGAUGAUUCUUUUCACCAUUGAAAAAAUAGUGGAAAUUACCCACAUGGUUCAC